AUGGCGGCAGCCGCGACGAUGGUGAGCUCACCGGGAGGUUUAUUGGCGAUGCUGAACGAGACUCACCCGGGGCUUAAGUUACAUGCGCUUUCAAAUCUCAACGCCUUUGUUGAUUACUUCUGGCCCGAGAUCUCCACCUCCGUACCCAUAAUAGAAAGUUUAUAUGAAGAUGAAGAGUAUGACAAAAGACAACUAGCAGCAUUACUUGUUUCGAAGGUUUUUUAUUAUCUGGGUGAACUUAAUGAUUCCUUAUCCUAUGCCCUUGCUAAAGCAAUAGAUGAAUAUGCCAAUUUCAAGACUAAGGCUGCUGAAGGGAAUGACGAAUCUGUGGUGGUGGAUCCUAGAUUAGAGGCAAUUGUUGAGAGAAUGCUUGAUAAAUUUAAACAAGCUCUUAGCCCAAAAGUUUACCGUCCAGAAGCCCAUGAAAAUCUCUAG